CAAACCGCAGAAUAAUUCACAGCGGCCACCGCCCGCCGCCGCCGCGCUCGCCGCCGAGCAUGGUAGAUAGCGGCCGGGUAAAUAGAGGUCCCCUCCACUGCCGGACGAAUACACCGCCGCCUCUCCCGCGCCGCCGCCGCCGUCCACCAUGUCAUCUACCAGCCGGCUCGUUGCGCCGGCCUUCAACAAGAUCCUAUCCCUCCGCCGGCUAUCCUCGUCCUCGUCCUCAUCCCCGUUCGACCAUUCCGCCCCGAGCGCCGUCGCCGUCCUCUCGAGCCUCCUCCUCCAGGAGCGCGCCCCCUCCUCUGACGCGCUCUCCCUCAUGCGCGCGCAGCCCCGCCUGGCCGACGAGCUAUACGCCCUCAUCGCCGUGUCUGGGAAGUCCGACGGCCCCCUCACCGCCGGCUCCCUCGCCAUCCUCCAUUCCCUCGCGGCCUGCCACCGUAUCCCUCCUUCCUCCGCGUCGCUCCUCUCCCAGCUCCUCGCGCGCUUCGCCUCCCCAGCCGACGCCGCGAGCUUCCUCCGCGACUCUCUCGCCGCCGGCGCGCCGGCGCCGGACGUCUCCGCCUUUAACUCGCUCCUCACCGCGCUAGGCCGCGCCGGCGACCUGCGCGGGAUGACCGAGCUGUUCGUCUCCAUGCGGGGCGCGUCCGUCCAGCCCAACGUCGUCACUUAUGGGAUUCUUCUCAACGGUCUCUGCAAGGCAGGCCGCGUUGGGGAGGCGCUGAAGGUGCUCGACGGAAUGUGCAGGCCAGGCUCGGACGUCCGCCCGGAUAUUGUCAUUUUGAACACUGUAGUGGAUGGUCUGUGCAAGAAUGGGAGGCUUCAGGAGGCCAUUAUGUUCGUCGAUGAGCGGAUGAGGCGCGUGCAUGGGUGUGCGCCCAACACGGUUACAUAUAACUGCUUGGCUGAUGCGUUUUGCCGGGCGGGGGAUGUUGGCAUGGCUUGCGAAAUGGUGGGGAGGAUGGAGAAAGAGGGUGUGCCACCGAACACUGUCACAAUGAACACAAUUGUUGGUGGUUUAUGCCGAGUUGGGAGGGUUGGAGCCGCUCUGGAGUUCUUCCGCGUGAAGAGAACAGCUUGGCCAGAGGCCAGGGGCAAUGCUAGGACCUAUAGCACUUUGGUUAGUGCUUUUCUCCACUGCAACAAUGUGGGAAUGGCCAUGGAGUUAUUCCAUGAGAUGGCGGAUCAAGGACACCCACCAGAUGCAGUAAUGUACUUCACCAUGAUAUCUGGAUUGACACAAGCAAGACGGAUGGAGGAUGCUUGCACCAUGGCAGCAUCAAUGAAGAAGGCAGGCUUUAAGCUGGAUGCAAAGGCCUAUAACAUCUUGAUUGGUGGAUUUUCCCGGAAAAAAAGGUUGCAUGAGGCCUACGAGUUGCUUGCAGAGAUGAAAGGAGCUGGUCUUCAGCCAGACGUGUAUACCUACAAUACCUUGUUGUCUUGUUUCUGCAAAGCAGGAGAUUUCUCGGCGGUGGAUGAAUUACUGGGGAAGAUGAUUGAUGAUGGCUGUCAGCCUUCUGUGCACACUUUUGGUACACUUGUACAUGGAUAUUGCAAAGCUGGUAAACUUGAUGAGGCGUUAAGAAUUUUCAGGUCCAUGGAUGAGUCCACGGUUCAGCCCAACACCAUAAUAUACAGUACUCUCAUUUACUUUCUCUGCAAGAGCAGAGAUGUUGAUUUAGCUAUUAAGUUGUUUGAUGAGAUGAGGGAAAACAGUGUGCCAGCAAACAUAACAACCUACAACGCAUUGUUGAAGGGUCUUCAAGAUAAGAAUAUGCCAGAAAAGGCUUUUGAACUUAUGGACCAGAUGAGAGACGUGAGGUGCACUCCUGAUUAUGUGACUCUGGAUAUUCUCAUGGAAUGGCUCCCUGGAAUUGGUGAAACAGGGAGAUUAAAGCCUUUUAUGCAGCAGUGGGAUCAAAAGGAUAACCAUGUGAAAGCACGGGGAGCUUAGUAGGCACCAUGAGUUCUGUCUUGCAUGUUGGACCAUGAAUGGAGGAAUGAAUCUUGCAUCAGAUUAAUUAGAGUUGCUAUGUCUAUAUAAUUUGUAACGUGAAGCUCAGACUUGACUGUGCUGACAUAAGAAAUUGAAAACUGUUUUCUAAAAUCCUAGCUGGCCUUGGGAGAUGGACCUGGAUUCCCCUGAUCAGAGUUUGUUUUGUACAUUAUAUUCAGUAUAGGGGCAACUCAUCAGGUUAUUCCUUUGUGGCAACUCCAUCCCUGAAUAGAUGAUAGUUGAAAACAGUUACCAAUGUACGCAGUCAUUGUCGACAUUGGUCUAUAUCAAAUGAAGGUUUUCAUUCUUCGACAGAUAAUGUUGAAUAAUUUCAGU